AUGGGCUAUGGCAUCAUUGAUGGGGGAGCAACACGGACCUUGGCCUCAGUUCACGCUCUAGAGGCUAUGGUGAAUGAGAAUCUCCGCAGACAUCAAGAUGGUCGAGUCCUUCGAGCAACCAGCAAUAUUCGCGCCUUGCGGGAAGAACCACCAGCGAAGUGGGGAGUGACGGAACUCCGGGUCCGCUUGGAGGAGCUGGAGGAGGAACACGGCAUAGUCCGUCAGACCGGACGCAGCCGCACCGACCUUCAGGAGUGGACCGUGAAGUUGAACAAAGCCGGGCCCAAGAAGAGUGUGCUGGUGGAGUUCUGCCAGAAGGAGCUCCUGAUCCCACUGAGUGGCAACGAGACCAUUCCCCAGUUGAACAAGAAGGCCAUGGAUCGCAUCUAUCAUCUACCAGAUUGCCGAGCUGAGUGGGCAGGACCCGAUCGGGCCCUGAACAUUUUUUACCACGAGGAAGACAAGGGGGACCGGCUGUCGAGGUUUGCACGAUGGUACGAACAGGCCAAGGAGCAGACUCCGACACCAAAGACGUUGCCACCACCGGGACCAUUGGAGACCAAGACCAAGGGGUACACCAAGGCCAAAGCCGCUCCGAAGAAAGUCAUCCCGACGGGAUCGGCAUCCAGCGGCACACAAGACCCAGCACAGGAAACCCAGGCGCUGACCAAGAUCAUGAGUGCCCUGACAGACUUGAAGGACGAGGUGGAGGCAUUGAAAGAGGAACGACCCCACAAGAAAAAGGACACCAGCAGCGACAACUUCAGCAUGGUGAGUGGGCAAACGCCUUAG